CUCGUACUUUGUUUUUAAACUUUCGUGACACGGUGACGCUACACACCCGAUCUCUUUCCCUCUCUCGCCGGUGGAUCAAAGAAAAAUCGACACAACAAUGUCUUCUUCAACCUCCAGAAAACGUCCAAAAUCUUCCGCCCAAAACCCUAAUUCUUCCAUCAUUUCGAAUCACACUCACUCUCCUAGUUCUUCUUCGACGCUGACAUCAUUACUAGCAGAAGUUGAGCCACCUCCAAAUUUACUACCUUCCAAAUCCGAUUUUCUUAAGCUUUUUGCUGUCAUCACAAUCGCCGCUUUAGUUGGCGCUUUCUGCAAUUUCUCCUUCAACCUCUUUAAUCGCCCUCCUCUAUCGUUUUGUGAUUCCGAUGUUGUCGAAUACGAUGCCUCAAUUGCUGAUUCAUGUGAGCCUUGUCCAAGUAACGGAAGGUGUUCCAAGGGGAAGUUGGAAUGCACGCAAGGAUAUAGGAAGUAUGGCAAGUUGUGCAUUGAAGACGGAGAUAUAUAUGAAGCAGCAAAGAAACUUUCAGGCUGGACAAAAGAUCGUCUUUGUGAAGCACAUGCACAGUAUAUGUGUGAUGGCACUGGAGCAAUUUGGGUCUCUGAGGACAACCUAAAGAACAUGCUGGACAAAGAUGGGCUGUUUGAGGUUUCUACAACGGAUGAUAUGAAAUCUGCGUACACAAAAGAAAAGGCAAUGGAGGACAUUAGUGGACUCUUGGAAACAAGAAUUGUUGGCAAUGGGGUCAAAGAAUAUAAGUGUCCUGAUGUUUUAGCAGGAAAUUACAAACCAAUAAUUUGUCGUGCUCAGCAAUGGAUAGCUAAGAACCUUUUACUUCUCAUGGCAGUAUUUGCACUGCUCGCAGGAUGUACAUUGUUGCUGUUGAGAAUUCGUAGAAGUUGGUAUUUGGCAAAGAAAGCAGAACAUCUCUACCAUCAGGUUUGUGACACACUUGAGGACAAUGCUUUGAUGUAUAGAAGCAUGGGUGACAAAGAACCCUGGUUAAUUGCUUCGAGGCUCCGAGAUCAUCUGCUUACUCCUAAGGAAAGAAGAGAUCCUCUGCUGUGGAAGAUGGUUGAAGAUUUGGUGGAGUCAGAUUCUCGUUUAGAUCGCUAUCCAAAGCUUGUGAAGGGUGAAUCGAAGGUGGUGUGGGAAUGGCAAGUUGAAGGUUCUUUGAGUUCUUCAAGGAGAAAGAAGGAAGAGAUUGCCGCUUGACAGUCGACACUCUGGUGUAGAUACUAGAUAACUACUAAUCAUACGGUCAGAUUCUUUAAGUUAAAAUGGCCGUGGUUGACUAUGUGAUUUGAAGCAAAUGUAAUAGUACUCUAAUAUAUCCUACUUCUAUUCAAUGUUGUGAAGUAGCAUGCAGUCGAGGGUGUGAUGAAGACCAUCACUGCAUGGCAAGGGCUGUAGACUUGAUCCCAAAAUCUGCAUGCAUGUUUGGUAUUGAUUUACAUUUUACGUGAUUUAAAGAAACUGCUCCUGCUAAUUUACUCUGCGCCUGUCAAUUUACCACGUUCUUUCUGUGCAGACCCUGAGUUGGUAUUUGGAUAUUCAUGUUACUAGAAGAGUAUAGAAACCUAUUUAGUGUUAGUUGUGGAAAGUAAUAAAGGAAAAUUGGGAGGAGUUAUUCCCCUGCAAGGAGAAAUUGCUGCCACUAGCAGGGGUUUGUUUCAACAGCUACUUGUAGUCCCUUGUUGCUGUUGGCCUAUGUCUUUUUUAAGUACGAGCGGCAACUGGCUGAAGAACUACCCUUUCUAGCAUGCGGUGUUCCUUAUCUCCAACUAGCAGUCAAUUGGACCAUCUAAAGGAAGUCACACAAGGGCAUGUCGGUUAAAAGGAAGACAGAAGAUCAAAGCUAAAAUUGCCUCAAAAUGGCGGAGAUGUCAGACUAUGAGGCUCAUGACCCUUCCUGGCAGGCGGCAGCUGUAGAAUUAGCCAACGAUUUCAUCUAUUUGCGUGUGGUUGAGAACACUGAAUUUCCAUGAAUAUUGUAAUUCUGUAAUUUGAGUUUUAUUUAAUGAAGAAAUCCAGCGGGUAGCAUGCAGUGAUCUCAGACUGGUGUAUAAUAGUAGCAUCUAUUUGCCAUUAUUGGUUCAACAAAUGCUGAUAAAGGAUGCUGAUUGUAAGGCUUACUUUUCAAUUUACAUUUCACAUCUCAUGAGUAAUUUCUUUUAGUGUCUA